GCAUGAAACUUAUCUGUCUGUUAGUUUGGAGGUGGAGCUUUCUACCUGCCUUCAGACUUCAGGUGAAUGCAGGCAGUUACUUCCCCUUCUCUCAGUCACUCUCAUUCUUAGUUACGUUGCUUCAUGUAUAUUGUUCAUUGCAUUUGCUUUUACAGUUUAUCUCUUUCCUCCAGUUGAAACCCAUAGAUACUGGACUUAUCCAAGCACUGUGUUUAGAAGAAACUUGAGACACUUCCAAUGAAAUUGCUGCCUGAAUCAUGGACAACAGAUCAGAAGAAAAAAAGUGAGCCCCCUAUUCAGGAAAUGAAAACAGAUGAUACCGCUGCCGCAUCAGCACAAUCUCCUGCCCAGCUGAAUGGCGUGACCUUGCAAAAUGACUUAUCUCCUGUAGCAGAUGCUCAACCACCAUUUCCGGUACAGCCUGUUGCCCUACAACCCCCUGAUCCUAACCCUCCCAGAGAGACCUGGGGUGGGAAGUAUGAAUUCCUUUUAUCUUGCAUUGGCUACUGUGUUGGCCUUGGUAAUGUCUGGCGAUUUCCUUACCUUUGCUACAGAAAUGGAGGAGGGGCAUUUUUAAUUCCUUACGUAGUUAUGCUGCUGAUCUCAGGGCUACCACUUUUCCUGAUGGAGCUGAGUCUGGGCCAGUAUGGAGCUGCUGGACCCAUCACUGUCUGGAAAUGUUGUCCCAUACUCAAAGGUAUUGGCGUUGGAAUGUUGACUGUUGCCACAUUAGUCUCCUUAUAUUACAAUGUAAUAAUUGCCUGGACCUUCUUCUACCUUGGUUCGUCAUUCCAGUCUCCUUUGCCUUGGUCAUGUGAUGCUGCCCAAAAUGCACCUUACUGUAGUGUGAACACAACAUCAAAUAUGACUGUACUCAGUGCCAGUGAAAUGUUCUGGAAUAACCGUGCACUCGGAGUUGUGCACAGUAGUGGAUUAGGAGACCCAGGACCUGUGCGGUGGGAACUGGCACUUUGUUUAUUUAUAGCAUGGAUCAUCAUUUUUCUGUGUAUAUUGAAGGGAAUCCGCAGCUCAGGGAAGGUUGUAUAUUUCACAGCAACUUUCCCAUAUGUGGUUUUGAUUGUACUCAUUAUUCGAGGAGCUACUUUGGAAGGAUCACUACAAGGAGUGCAGUUUUACCUAUCUCCUGACUGGGACAGAUUAAAUAAUGCUCAGGUAUGGAACGAUGCUGCUUCUCAGAUAUUCUAUUCUUUAGGAAUUGGAUUUGGAGGUCUGCUUUCCAUGGCUUCUUAUAACAAAUUCAACAACAAUGUCAUCAGGGAUACCCUGGUCAUUGCCAUUGGUAAUUGCAGCACCAGUUUUUUUGCUGGUUUUGCCAUCUUUUCUAUCUUGGGUCACAUGGCUUGGAAGAAAAAUGUACCUGUUGGAGAAGUAGCUGAAUCAGGUCCAGGCUUGGCAUUUAUCGCUUACCCAGAAGCCCUUGCUCUGAUACCAGGUUCAGUGUUCUGGUCCAUCCUUUUUUUCUUGAUGCUGUUUACACUGGGAGUUGAUACAUUGUUUGGGAAUAUGGAGAGCAUCACCACUGCUGUUCUUGACGAGUUUCCAUCUUUGCGGGAUAUGAAGAAAAGAGUCAUAUUCCUAGCUAUACUCUGUUUUGUCUUUUAUUUAAUGGGCCUUCUCCUGGUAACACAGGGUGGAAUUUACUGGUUUACACUGAUCGAUGCGUACAGCACCAGUUUUGGACUUAUAAUCAUUGCCCUCUUCAUGUGCAUUGGUAUUGCUUUCUUUUAUGGUGUUGACCAGUUCUGCAAGGAUAUUGUGGACAUGAUCUGUCACUGCCCACCAUGGUGCACUAAGUUACUAUAUUACUUCAAGGCAUGCUGGGCAUUUUGCACUCCUUUGCUUCUGUUGUUUAUCCUGAUAUAUAUAUUUAUUGACAUGUAUAACAUCCCUCUGCACUACGGUUCGUACAUCUACCCCCAGUGGGGCAGAGCACUUGGAAUUUGUAUGGGAGUCAUCAGCUGUAUGCAGAUACCCAUCUGGGCAGUACUGGCUAUGUUAAAGGAGUCUGGAACCCUCAAAGAUAGAUUCAAGAAAGCUAUUCGACCACUAAACUCUUGGCGCAUGGCUAGUGGUCAGCGGACAUCAGUUCCUGAAAUCAUUGAUGUUCCCUACACAGUCAGUCUUUCAGACAAUGACUUCAGUGACUUUGACUGGCAAAAUAAUAGUAGUGAAGCAUGAAGUAGGUUUUUCCAGAUAUUAGACAGUGCCAUUCGAUAUUGAAUAUUCCAAAUUCAUUAAAUAUGAAACCUUAGACAAAUGGACAAAUUAUUGCAUAUAAUACAGUCUCUGCUUCAAGAAAGACGGUCAGUCUUCACAAAGAAUACAAUAUUAUUUUAAAUUACAAGUAUUUAUGUCAAGAUGACAGUGUUUCAUUCUUCUGCCAUGUUUAUUAAGGGCAGUACUUUUGACUGCUAUUGGUCCCGCUAACAAACGUGGUCAUAUUGUUAAUAACUGAAAUUGCACAGAGGUAAAUUGUCUAUAUUUCAUUGAGCUCUAGGAACACAGAGCACUUGCUGAACUGUUUACAUAUAAAAUUAACUUAGCAGAUACUGUAUAAAUAGACACUGUACCAUAGGUUAUUCAUUAGACCCAAACAUAUAAGCUACUGUUGUCUGCAUUAUACGUUUUCUGAUGUAGGAUAGCAAUGGUAUUUAUAUUUAUGGCAUACCAUCCUUGAACUUGCAUUUAUUUUUUCUGAGCUUUCCUGAAUGUAUAUAAAAUGUUACACGUGUGCCACUAGAACAUGAUUAAAAAUGUUCUGCAAGUUAUGUUUUACAGGACACAUCUGAAGUAUAGAUAGUUGAUUCUAAAUUAAUUCCGAUUUGAAGCGUCAAUUUUUUUUCACCUCAAAAUGAUGAGCAGUGUGUCUUACUGUCUUAAAAUACAUUCCUGCAUUAGUUCACAAGAGUACAUGUUUUGCAGGAGAUACCACUUAAUUCAUCAUCAUAUUGUGCAAGUUCUACACACAAGUGUUGAGACUUGAGUAGCCACUAGGUGGCAGAAAUCAGAGUUAAGACUCAUAGCAUAAAUGUACAUACAUCAUCUGUCCCAUACAGGCUUCAUUGAGGUUCAUGGCUGAAUAAUUGUCUAACUACCAUAAAGGGUCAUUUUAUGCCUAAUCAACUACCUGAGGUCAGAAUCAAACCCUGUAGCUUGUGUCUAUGAGGCAAAGAUCUCAUGUGUGGAGUAGAAGUGUGGUUUGUCAUAGCAGAACACCCAGCCAACUUAACUAUCAAGAGUAUGAAAACUACAUGGACUAAACCUUAAAAUUCUGGAACUGAUUUUUCUUUCUUACACUGAAUGUGUAGUAUGUAAUCUCAGACUUAGUGGGCCCUGCAUGGCGAGUGAGAGAGUGUUCCCCACAAGCACCACCACAGAAAAAUCAAUUGGCAAAUUUCAUUCUGGCAUCUAUUUUUUUAAGUCUGUGAAGCAUUCUGACACCUACUUGUCAUUCAAGUAUCUUUGGUUAAUUACUUUUUAAUGUUGUCCGUUCUCUUGUCUGCAUACUUAUGAAAUAUAAUUGUGACAAGUGUGUAUGAAAUCUUUAUUUUGCUGUGAUCUAAUGCAGUCCUUUAACUCAUGAAGUGGGGCACAUUAAAGUUGACUUACUGCUUUGGAUGGAACAUAUACUUUUACAGUCUUUACUUUGUGUGUAUGCAGUAUUCUGGUACCUUCAAUAUAUGUGUGUAUGAAGUGUACUGUUUCUGAAGUGCCUGAAAUAUUCAAGAAUGCCUUUUUUUUUCUUGACCAUCAAGCCACUCCCACCCAAAUGCCCUACUGACUCAUUCAUUCCUGGAAUGAGACCCCUAUGGCCUACUCAUUCCCCGAAGUGAGUGCCCUGUGGUUCAUUCAUUCCCCAGAGGUGAGAGUCCUGUGAUCCAUUCAUUCCCAGAAGUGAGAACCAAAUGGCCCAUUCAUUCUCUGGGGAGAGAGACCUACAGUUGUUUUAUUCCCAGAGGUUAGGGCCUAUUGUCGAUUUAUUCCUGGAGGUGGGAGCCCUACGGUCAAUUCAUUCCCAGAGAUGGCAGACCUAUGGUCCUUUCAUUCCCAGAGGUUGGAGCCCUGUGGUCUUUUCAUUCUCAGAGGUGGAAGCCUUAUGGUCCAUAUAGUUUCUGGGGUGGGAACCCUGUGGUCCUAUCAUUCCACUCUGGUUAAGAGUUGAGCACUGAGAGGAGUGGCAUCAUCUGUGGUUGGAAUCAGGAAUUUUUUUAUGUUUUAAGUUCUUAGUGUGCCUGUCACAACUGUGACUUCCUCUUAAGUGUUUAGGAUGCACACAUGCACUAAUGCCAUCCCUGGUUUGCCACAGUGGUGACUUUAUAGAGACUUUGCUUAAGGAAGCCAAGUUGUCAUGCCCUUUCCCCUGGACUAAGUGUUCCCCUUGCUCAGAGGUGGACACACCAGCAUUGGCCACACUAUAUCCACUGCUCUAUGCCAGCUCCUCAAGCAUUGGAGUCCCUAAUCAAAUCUGGGACAUUUGGGGGGGUGGGGUUAGUCACGCUUCAUGCCUCAAAGAUAUAGAACUGUGUGAUGUUUGUUCAGAUAUAAGUGUUAAAAAUAGACAUCAUAAAAAAAUUCCAGUCAUCACUGUGUUUUCUUACUUACUGACCAUGUGAGACAGACUGCAAGGGGAGGAGAGGAUCUGACCUCAUAGUGUCAAUUUAAUGUCUGUAGCCACAGUAUGUACUGAAUAUUCCAGUGUUAAUACAUAAAACAAAGAAAAAUAUCCUCUGAGGAACAUGUCAAAAAUGGAUUUUACCGUAGUAUUAAAAAAUGUUUUAAUCUGAACCAUUCUGUUUUCUAUCUCACAAAUUAAUUCUGUACUGGCAAUGCUGCUACAGCACACCAGUACUAUUACAAACAGAGAAAAGAACAAGACAACACUUUCCUUUAAACAGUAAGCUAGACAAGGGUCCAGGGAAGUAAAUAUUGUGGGAAGAAAUAGCCAGGGAAUUGUUAUGGCUAGGCCUGUAUAGGCCCUAGGGCCAAUAGCCUAGUACCAGUCUAUGAACCUAAAAGCAGUAGUGACACUGGAUCGUACAUGGAUCUCCACUGCCAGGUUUCUAGGUGUGCCAUUCCAAGUGCGACUUAUCUGAAAAAAGUGUGUGCUAGCAUUUAUUGAGUUUCUUUCUAUUUUUAGCUUGCACUACAGGAGAAAAAAAAUCCACCACACAUUGAAUCCCCAAGACAUACUCUGGGAUAAAAAUAAUACGGAGCACUAAUUCUAAAAAUGAUAGGAGGGGUCUCAAAUAUAGUUAACUUAGAGUUUGUAAUGCAUGUUUUUGGAAUGUAGUAAACAAAGCCUGAUAUCAAUGGCCUUGGGGUAAUUUUGUCCCGUCACUAAAGAAGAAAUUCUACACUUUGCCAUUUCAUGUUGUGGUAUUCUGUGAAACUUUUAUCACAUAAUACAUCUAUACAAAAUGUUUCACCUGUCCUUAUCUAUCCAACACCAGGAGCUCAACUCUCCUGAUUAUCAGUUUUGACUACAGCCCUACAUUAUGUCUCUAACGUUAGACAUUACUCUUUGUGAGCUAGUCAUGAAACGAAGUAAACACUUUAAUAUAUUUCAGUUAAGUCUGUUAGUUCAGUCCAUUUUAAUUUGUAAUUUUAGUUUAUUGAAUUGUGAACUGGUCAUCUUGGUUCCUUUUCAGCCACAACUUGGGCCACAGUGGCAAAGGUAAAUGAAGUAUCUGUGAAUGCUUAGAGUAGCCAGUCAACCACUAUGUUUUUGUGAGGAGGACACGCAAAUAGGAGUAUGAGGGGAACAGACAGUGACCAGAGAUGAGUAUCGAACCCUUAUCCAUAGUAUUAUGGUAUUUAAGUUAAUGUAGAAAACAAAGGUCAGCUCAGGAAAAAAAAAAUGUAUUUGCAAGACAUAAAAAUAAUACACAACAAGGUUUUGUGCACAAGCACUUUUUCAAGUAGUAGUGUGCAAUAUAACACCAAGCAUUAUAAAUCUUUCUUACAAUUAUAUGAUUAGAAUUACAAAAACGUAUAAACUUAUGUCCUUUGCUUUAAAACAGGUUACAAGAACAGGUGAUUAUUCAGUUAGGUGUACUGUCUGUAUUGCACAUGUAAUCCAAAGUAUCUCUCAUAUUCAAUAAAUAUAAAGCGAUCAGCACCCCUAUUAUUCAUCUGAGUUACUUAAAUUUAGAAUUUGAAACAUUUUUCCUUACCAUUUAACAUGACUUGUUCUCUCAGUGCAUUAGUUUUGACAGACCUCCAAAAGUGAGAAGUGGUGAUAUAAAGGUGUGGCAAAACAUGACCUACUGAUAAUGUUAUAGACAGUAACGUUCCAAAAAAAUUGACAGACAAAUCAUUAUGGUUUGUGGUGAAGGUUAAACAUUGUGUAUUUUUGUUAACAUGCAUAACAGAAACAUCAGCACUCAUUCUAACAUUAAAAAAAAAGGUUUUAGAAAAUUUAGUAUCAGUGGUAUCCCAUUUUGAUCACCCCAGAUGUACACAUUUUCCCCUUCGGACAGCAGUGGCAUACUUGGGGGCUAUUGCUACACCACAGACAUUUAUAUCAGAUAUUUGUUUAUACAAAUUUCCAUUAAAAAUAAAAAAAUAUAUUCCAGCAAAAUACAUAAGGUAUUAAUAAAUAUGCUUAUGCUGCAAAAAUGGCUAAGCCAUCUCAAAUGCUAAUAUCUUUUAACUACAUCUGGAAUUACUCGAAAUACAAAUGCAAUGUCCAGUGUUAAUAAAAUAUAAGUAUCCCUAACACCAUUGCAAAAUGCAUCACCAUGUCUUCAUUUAAAAUGUACUGAUGUAGUCAUUACUGAAAAUGGAGGUUUAUCAAAGCCAUUUCCUCUCAUGCUGUGACCAUCACAUAACCACUUCUAAGUGAAACCUAGGCAUGCUACCUUUAGCCAGGAGUCUUCAAGACCACAUUUAACUAAAAGUCAUUGUUUUCUCUUUGUCUUGAUCUAUAGAGAAGGAAUGAUCCUGUGAAGACCUUCACUUCACAUUUAUAGAAACAAUGAGAUAUGUGUAGACCACCACAAACUGGACCUAUGCCAUGCAGUUAGACUGGUGCUAUACAGACUAACUACCUCUUUUUCCAGAAACAUCUAACCUUUGUGUAUAUAGAGCACUUCAGAACUGUCUCCACAGUGAUGGAACAGCUGGAGUCAAGGGUGCCACCCUUAACAAGUUAGUAGACCUUUAGAGUUGUUUUCAAACUGUUUUUUUAAGAUAUUAUAUAAAUAAAGUUCUAAAAUGCUUUCAAAAAUCUUUGUAACAUUUCCUAAAUUUCAGAUUCUGCGCUACUGAAAUAGUGUCCUAAUAACGUUUAACUUUAUAAAAGUACUUAUUGUAGAGUCUGAAUACAAUUUCUCAAAAUCUACACUUUGCGUUCAUUAGUCUUAUCUCUAGCAGAGUGACAAAAUGUAAAUACCUUUAUUGUCUGCAGUCCAAACUUUUGGCAAGUUUUGAAAUGCUGAGAUAUAGGGCCAGACUCCAAAACAAUUGCUCUCAAUGUAAGUCUGCCCCAAUUCCAAAAAACUUGCUCUCAGUGUAAGUGAUUUACUUUGUUUGUAAGGUCUGUUUAUAAACAAGUUUAAUACAGGGACCAGAUUCCAAAAGACCUGCUCUCAGUGAAAGUGGUCACUUACACUGAGAGCAAGCCUUUUGGAAUCAAGCCCAUAAUAUCAUACCACUUUAAUGUUACUAAAAUACAUGUGGGACUUCCUGGAUGUUUUAAUGUUAUUAAAGGCAUGUCAGGCUUCCUCAAUGUGCAACCUUGAACAUUUCUGUAGAGUCCUCUAUAUAUACAAGAAACCCCACUGAUACUUCAUAGCAGCAUAUUAACUAACUAUAAUGCAAGUCUGUGGGAAUUUUGAAAACACUCUUGAGACUUGGACACGGUUCCCGCAAAUGUCACAUAACUUCAAAAUUAAUAACAACUAAUUUGUAAUGCUAAUUAUGCAAACCCUAAGACAAGGUCAAAGUCUAAAUGGUAUACUUACUAUAGCCAGAUGUUAUACAUUCUUUGCAAUUAUCCAACAUCUGUGAAAUAAGUUUAGGUUUCAUGAGAAAUAAUCGUGAUUUUUGUUCAUGAACUAUAAUGACCAUGUUAAGAGACAUCCUGCAUUUAUUUUUCUCAAGAGUCAUAAACCUGUCUGCAUUAAAACUAACCUAAUGAGUAUAUUCUUUAUAACUCAUUUACAUUUAUUGCUGUUCUUGAACUUAAGAUGUGUCAAUGUUGGCAAAUAAACAUCACACCGUGGCAAAAAAAUAUAUAUAUAAAUGAAAAUAGUAAGAUGUAAUAGUAUCAAAACACCUUCACAUAAUUUGUUUUCCCCAAAUAAAUAAACUGGAAUUAUUUUCAGCUGAAAGUCCCUAGCACUUUUCAAAGAUGCACCUUAAACCUGGUGUUACAGACCCAGACAGUGAAUCUCCUCUCAUUGUUUGACAUCCUAUAUCUUCACAGCUGUGUAUCUUAUCAAAACAAAAUUUUGUAUUCAUAAAGAUCAGCAUUUUAUAAGCAACAGCUGUCUAGUUAAUACAGAACUAGGCAAUGGAUACUAGCUACAUGGAGUACUAUAUAACCCUCUCUUGCAUAUUAAUUUCUGCACAGGGUUGUAUGUGCCCUGGUAUAUAUUGCUGCAGACAUGCUACUCAACACAUGCAUGUAUAUCAAUGUAUAAUUGUAAGUUUACAAUAAAUUGUUUGCAUUAUAAAAUGUGAAAAAGUUGAUUGGAAGUCGUAAAAGUAUAUGAGCAUGUCAUUGUCAGAUACAGUAUGUAUGUGGACAUGUAAUUAGCAUUAUUCUACCAAAAGACAGGGUUGCUACCACAUGUACUUGCAAGGGUGUAUGCCGUUUGUAAUGCAGACUCUGAUUCUACUGUUGGUUAUUGAGAAAACAUAAUGAGAUAUCUUAUUUUCAGCUAAACUUCACUAAUAGAUCACAGUGGCAUUAGUGGUACUUGGUGUAUAGACACUCACUCAUGUUUACUAUAAAGAAAUUUUGCUACCACAAGCACAGUGCUGCUGAGGUAGGAGACACUGUAAAACAGGCAAGAGCUAUUACCAUUAGCCUCUGGAACUACAAAUACGUACACAUUUCUUAUUCGUUGCUUUAUACUUUUAUUUUAUUUAUUUUAUUUUACAUUUGUUGACCAGGCUAGUCCAGCUGGAUAUAUGUCCAUUUUCAGUGGAGGCCCAGGGAGAAAAGCUCCACAAAUAACAACCAAAUAGGACA